GCAGAAUGUCGCCAAUCGGCUUCAGUUGUAGAAAUGGCAGCGCUGAGACAGGAGCAUCGGUAUGGGCUCUGCUGUGGCAAGAUUAACAAAAACAACCCGAAUCAGAGUCUGUACCACGUCAAACUCACUGACACGGCCUUCCGGACCCUGGAAGCCUUCCAGAACCUGAAGGCUUCACUAUCAAACCAGCCAGCGAUUUGCUUCAAGGGAAGCCAGGGGUACAUAAAGAUCCCAGCACCGACGGCCGAAUCUCCAGAUGGAUUCCGAGUCUUCUCAUUUUACCUUUCCAGUGACAGCAAAGACAAGCCUCAGUCCAGCUUUGACUGCAUUCACCAGUUUAUCUCAGGGGAGGGCAGGGAUCACCUGGAGAGCCAGGGUAGCAUUCAAGACAAGAUCACCGUUUGUGCCACAGACGACUCCUACCAGACCACACGGGAGCGCAUGUCUCAGGUGGAGAAGGAUAUCUGGAGCCGCACAGCCAUUGAGAUCAAGCCAGGACCAAGUAAAUGUGUGAAGGUGCAAAGGAAGCAGGGCCUGGUCUCUGGUUCCGACAGCAGUAACAAACACUCCCCCAGCAACAAAAGGACCCUGAUCCCAAGCCCUCUGGCACAUCGGCCCUUAAGGGAUCGCAUCAUUCAUCUCUUAGCCCUAAAGCCCUACAGGAAGCCUGACAUGCUACUGUGGCUAGAGAGGGAGAGGGCCAGCCCAAAGGACAAAGCUGAUCUGACCUCUGUACUAGAAGAGGUUGGUAAAUUGAAUCCUAAGGACAACAGCUACUCUCUGAAAGAUGAGCUUUACAAACAUGUCCAAAGAGACUGGCCUGGAUAUCUGGAAGAGGAGAAGCAGCUUAUCCACAGGCUCCUUAUCAGGAAACUUCAGCCAUUGCACAGCAACCAGUCAAGGAGUCCCCAGCCCAACCAUUCAUUGCACAAAACUCUUGGAGAUUCUCCCUCACGGCUUAGUCCUGCCAAAAAUCUCUCAGUGAAACGCUCACUAGCUUUGGACCCUUCUAACACCCAAACCCCCAAAAAACAAAAGCUGUCAGAACACUGUCUGCCCUUGCAGUCACCUCCUCAUGCGGACUGUAGCACCAAUGGGGCUCAUAACUCCUCCAAUCACGAAACCUCUUGUGUGGCAACAAAAACCGAGCCCGACAUAACCAAUAAUCGUCUUCAGGGAAACCCAGAUGGUUUGUAUUCGCCGCACAAACUCAGCACGUCGUCUACUGUUUCUAAACUGGAGGGGAUGGAACCAGCUCCCACUUUACCCAGUCCCAAACCUCGACACAAUGGCUCCUCUAUAUGCACUGAACAGCAGCUCACUAAUGGCCAGCACAAAAAGAAAAGGUCCAAGAAACACAAAGACAAGGAGCGAGAUCGAUUAAAGCCAGACUGGAUAGAAACUAGUCCAGACAUGAAGCAGAACCAACAAAAUCAUAAAGCUCCAGAUGAUGGAGAACACAAAGCACCUGUUAAUAAAACCUCAGCUGAAGAAGUGCCCGACUAUUUCAUAAAAUACAAGACCGUAAGGACACUGGAGCAGCGGCAACAGUAUCAAGAUGACUUUUGUGCCGAGUAUGACGAAUAUAGAGCCCUUCAUGACCGGAUUGGGGCCAUCACUGAGAUGUUUGUUCAGUUGGGCUCAAAGAUCAACACCCUCACGCCGGGAACACAGGAGUACAAGCUCAUGGAGGACCAAAUACUCCAAAAAUAUCGAAAAUAUAAGAAAAAGUUUCCAGGGUAUCGGGAAGAGAAGAAGCGGUGCGAGUACCUCCACAAAAAACUGUCCCAUAUCAAAGGCCUGAUCACAGAAUAUGACCGUGCGCAGGGACUCGUCUCCUAGUGAAAGCUCUCUACCCUUGGUGGGUUCUAUCAAAGUGGACCAAAAGACUCAAGGUGGACCCAAAGACUGUCCAGCAGGGUCUACAAGUUGCUGAAACACUUUCCUCUACAAAGUGUUAAUGGGAUGGAGGGUGUUAAGGUUCUCUGCCAAAAGUGGGCCAAGACCACCUACUCGUGAUCAAAUGUUACCCUUUAAAGUUCUGCUUUUUCAGCUGUUUAUGACUGGAAAUGCUUGUUUCUGCUCUGCUGUUAAACAUGAUGAAUAUAAUGAAAAAGGCCAACAGAUAUGAUCCUUCCUGCCUAACUACAUCUUUUUUUUUUUUUUUAUCUUAUCUUUAAACUGGUUGAAACUUAAAGUAUUGUAUGUAGUGAAGUGAUGGUACAAUCAAUCUUAGGGGUAUAAAAAUUCCACUGAAGUGUAUAUUUAAGAAUAUUUUUUGUGCGUUUUGCAGAUAGAAAAUAUAUUUAGGUGCAUCAAUUAUUCAUUUCUUACAAGAAGAAAGUUGUAAAUGCACUGUAAGGAUUUUUAAACUUUAUAAACUGGCAGACUAAUCAUUUAUAGAAAUUAUCCUGAUUAAAAUAUGUCAUUUAUCCCAAAAAACUGCAGAACUGAAACCUGAUCUGGUAUUGAUCACUAAACUGCAUUUCCAAUUGCUGCUGAGUCAAGAGUUGGAAACUUGCAUAUUUGAACUACAAUCAAAAAGAUUUGCCCGUUUGUGUUAUGUCUUCGUCACAGAAAUGCCACAAAAUGACAGUACUGAGUACUACUUAGGGGGGCUACUGAAAAAAGACCCUUUUUUCACUUUAAUCAGACUGUUACCAUUAAAUCCACCAGAGGUCGGUAUCAACCCAAGUAAUCCACACAUACAAGGAAUGAGGAUGGAA